CGGAGCCCCCCGAGGUCACCGGGCGCUUCCCGGGCUGCCCGGGCCCCGCCGGGUCCCCAGUGCCAGCCAGGACUCCGGGGCUCUGCAGCCCCCAGGCCGGCGGUAAUGGGCCAGCCGUCGCACCUCCGGGGUUGCGGGCUCUGAGGGCCGCCUCGGUGCUGGAGCCAUGGAUGCCAACCUGCCGGGCACCUUUCUGCUCAACGGCCCCUCGCUGGGCCCCUUCCCCGAGGCCAAGGCGCCCGUUUGCCAGUAUUCAGUGCAGAACUCCUUCUACAAGCUGGGACCCCCCGGGCUGGGUGCCCAGCUGGCUGCUGGCACCCCCCACGGCAUCUCCGACAUCCUCGGCCGGCCCGCGGCGGCGCCCAACAGCAGCCUCCUCCCUGGCUACCCGCACGCGGGCGGAUUUAACGGACUGAGCUCGCCGGGCGUCUAUUACGGGCCCCAGGUGGGCGCCCUCCCCAAGGCUGGCGGCGAGUACCUGCCGCGGGGCCGGAGCUGCUGGGCGGAGGCGGCCCCGGAGUGGCGGGGCGGCCGGCAGUGCGGCGGCCCCCCUGCUCACUUGGCUGACAGCAUCCACAAGAAGAAGCACACACGCCCAACCUUCACAGGACACCAGAUCUUUGCUCUGGAGAAGACGUUUGAGCAGACCAAGUACCUGGCGGGCCCGGAGAGAGCACGGCUGGCCUAUUCUCUGGGCAUGACUGAGUCUCAGGUGAAGGUCUGGUUCCAGAACCGACGGACCAAAUGGAGGAAGAAGAGUGCCCUGGAGCCCUCCUCAUCCUCGCAGCGGGCGGGGGGCUCUGGCGGAGAGCGGGCGGCCUCCGAGACCGAGGACGAUGAGUACAACAAACCCCUGGACCCAGACUCGGAUGACGAGAAGAUCCGGCUGCUGCUGAGGAAGCACCGUGCAGCCUUCUCCGUGCUGGGCUUGGGCACGCACAGCGGCUGAGCACGGGCACAGCCUGCCCCUCUGACCCCCCUGCCUGGCUGCUGGGAUGGGCUGGCUGGCAGCUGCAUGGGGAGCACGGCUCACAGGGCUGGGAGCAGCACACGUGGUAGUGUCAGGUGCAGCUGGGCCAUCCUGCACGGCUUUUAUUGAUGAAAUAAAGGUCCCAGUCAAGUCCCA